GGCAAGCACAGAACCAACCACAACAGCUAAAUCCCUGGCACAUCUUUCAUUGUUCGUCUUUUCCCAGUGAGCUGAGCACUGAAGCCCCAGGGCGGUCUGGCUGGUGAUGAUGCUGGGAAAGGCCCCGUGCCUAUUUCAAACCUGUUUUCAAACAGUUUCAGACCUCUCUGGCGGCCAUAUCCAAAGCAUGUGGAAAAGAAUUCGUUCUCUCACAGCUCGAGAGGUGGUUACUGUACGUUUGCCAAAACUUAUUUUUCUGCUUCAAGCUGUUGGAAUUCUGAAGGGGCUUCAACCAUCUUCAACCCUUUGCUUCAAUGAUUUUCAAGAUGAUUCUUCCUUGGGUAUGUAGAAGGUCUCCAAAACAUGCUGACUUGCCUCGAACCGUCCUUGUGGUGCAUGCAACUACAAGUUCAGAGUACCAAAACGACUCGACCGCCUUACAUUGGGAUCCAUGGCGUGCCAUUUGUUUGAAGUCGUUGCAAAUGCAUGGUGGGGACAAGGUGUCUACAGCGUCCCCGUUAGCAAAGCCUCCGGCUGCAUCAGCGCAUGCAGGGUUCUCGCAACGGACGAAACACAAUCCAAAGGUCACCUUUGGACAACUAUUCGGCAUUGAAGCCGAACACUAAAGCCAUAGUGCGCGAACAUUCCGAGCUAGGAUGCAGGGCUUUGAGCGUUUUGGCGCAUAUCUAUUGGUGUUGGCAAGGAUGUGUCUCGCCCUGCUCGCCUCUCGCCUGAUGCAUCAUAUACUGUAUGCAUCGCCCGGGCCUACUAGGGCACUGUCAAGACGUUUGCGUUGUAGCAAGCAUCUUCAACCCUUUUUUUGCUCUCUCUUCGACCUACUGCGGGCAGCUGAGGCCAUGUGUUUCCUCAUUGGCGCGACCGGACCUGGUGUCACUAAAACCGGAGAAGCAUUGAUCGGUUCCACCAGCGACGACCCAUACCUCUUCCGCACCUUCGUCCAUGCGGCUCUCCCCAGUGGUGACUGCUUGGGCCAUGUGGGAACGGAGCUGGUCUACGCAACAGAUCGCUCGGAUCUGGAGCCGCCCUUCCAAGUGGAACCUGGUGAAGUGGGUCGUGGAGUGAACUCUGCAGGUUUGGCAUUCGCCAUCGCUUUGGCCGUGGAGCGCCCCAAAGCUCGUACGGGAGUUCCGGAAGGGCGACAUGAACCCGUGCGCUUCUGCGAUGUGAGCCGCCGGAUGAUGAAUGAGUGCCAUACUGUGGAUGAUGCGCUGAACUUGCUGCAGCACAUCCCUGCCAUCACGCCAGCUUUUUCCGUGAUGCUCGCCGAUGCAGAGGGGCAUUUGGCUCAGGUCGAGGUGGGUGCCUAUGGCACGGCCGUGCAUGAGAGGUAUUCCAAGGAGAACCCUGGCGUGGCGAUUGCAGUGAACUGCUACCAGUCCAAAGAGCUCAAUGGUUUCAACCUUCCUGAAGCCGAGCUUCAUGCGACCCAGAACAAUAAUGGAUGCCGAAGCUCAAGAGGCUGGGACUUGGUUCAAGAGCAGAUGAAGCAGGGCAAACUGUUGGAUGUCAGCACCUUCCGAGACAUCUUGUCAGAUCACGAGCAUCGAGACAGGGAUCCUGCAGAGAAUCCCUUGCUCAAGUGGUGGGGCUACAGUAUUUGCAAUCAUGGAACUCGGAAGCAGGACGCUUAUGAAGCAGAUGCGGCACCUUGGGGAACCGUCAGUGCUGAAGUCCUGGAGCCAGCGAAGAAGCUCUUGCACUACAACUAUGGCUGGGCCUGUGGGGAAGGCGCCGAGUUCCAGGAUCAGCUCUUUCAGAGUCACUCCUGGAGUCACUUCGCGUCCUUCCGCUCUCCCAGCGCGGGGGAGCACACCGGCCGUGGCGGUGGACGCCCCGUGGCCUGUACCACGGUGAAGGGUGAGCUCUUGGCAGAGGCCUCCCAGUUCUUGUGCACCGCCUUCUGAGAUGCCGAGGCAACCCGUUGAGACGCCGUUUCGCAGAACGAGGGGCUUCACGGCGCCACGUCGAGUGGCUUUCACCGAUGCAUUUUGCACCAAAGCAUUCGGAAAAAAGAAUAAGUGUUCAUAUGUUUUCGUGAGGAUGCUGGCAUAUGGUCUACAUAAGAUAUUCCAAUGGGGCAUAAUGGGGCAUUGAUUCAAUUUGUG